AUGGAGAAGGAAGACGACCUUGCCUUUGCCCUGUCCAUGGCCAACUUGGGCUCCGGCCGAGUCUCCCAAGAAGAGGACGAGAGUACGGUGACGCUGGCUCAGGAGAUCAAGCGACUGGCAGCCAAGUAUGGCCCGGAGCGAUUCACCGAGACCUCGCUGGGCUUCAAGCUCGCCUUCGUGAGCGCGGAGGUCAAUGUGGUGGUGGAGGUGGAGCUGGACACUAUGAUGUACCUCGAAGACGAUCCGCCACAGUUCAAGGUUUGGCUUCAUGUGAACCCGGUGCAAAGCAAUGGGGCGCACGUGGGCGGUGCUGAUUGCAGGGAGCUGCGCUCGCUCCUCGAAGAAUACGCCGAGGAUUGGAUGGUCGAGGAGAUGCCCAUUCUCGAGCGACUCAUGGAUGCCGUGCGCGACUGGCUGUUCUGGAAGACCGAAGACGCCCAGUUCGCCCCGCCAGCGCCGGCACCGCGGGCGACUUCGCCGGGCAAGGCCGGUGCCAGUGCCGCUGCCGGUGCGGGCUUCAGCGACCACAAGGAGAAGAAGGCCAAGGAGGAGCAGAAGAAGCAGAAGGCCGCCGCCAAGCCCAAGCCCACACCCAAGCCCAAGCCGGCACCCCAACGAGUUGCCUACACUCCGGUCUAUCAGCCGCCUGUCUAUCGACCGCCCCCUGUCUACCAGACGCCCUGGAACUACGUCGCUCCCCGCAAUCCUCCGCCGGCUCCCGACAUGACUGCGGUCCGCACGCGGUUUGAGGGGCUCUACGGGCGGCCGCUGUCGGCCGACUUCCUCGAGACCUGGAACCUGCCCUCGUAUGGCGCGGGCGCUCCGCCACGCGACCACAACCGGGACAAGUUCAUCGACCGACCGGAGACCGAGUGCGACGAGGAGACGCUGAUCAAGAUCGAGGAGGCCUACGUCAACGAGAACCGCAUUCUGAGCAUCACCAACAAGGGCGUCCCUGCGCUCCCGAUCGAGCUCAUGGGCCGCUUGACGACGCUCACCGAGCUCAAUCUGCACAACAACAAGCUCUCGGCGCUUCCCGUCACCAUCUGCCAGUUGUCCAGCCUCACCAAGCUGUACGCGUCGUUCAACCAGAUCACCGAAUUCCCGGCGGAGCUUACUGUUCUCCCUCAGCUGCUCAAUCUGGACCUGUCCCACAACAAAGCGUCGGAUGUAACCUGUUCAUUCCCCGCCGCCGCGGCGGUUAGGUUGAUCACGAUGCCGCCGCAGGUGGACCAGAUGACAACCCUGCAGAUCCUCGAACUCAACCACAACCAAAUUCGCGGCCUUCCUCCCCAGAUGGGCGAAAUGCCGAGCCUGCGCAAGCUGUACCUGAACAACAACAAGAUCAUGUUCGUACCGACCGAGCUGGGCUAUCUGCCCAAGCUCACUCUGCUGCGCCUGAGCCACAACCCGAUCAAGAACCUGCCGGUCGACGAGUACCAGCAGGGCACGGCCAAGACGCUUGAGUUCCUGCGCACGGCCGGCCCCGGCGUGGAGACCGGCCGGCAGCUGAAGAACUUCGCCUUUGUCAAGGAGUUCAGCGACGUGGAGUUCAUCGUCGGCUCGGAGGUCUUCCCGGCUCACAAGGUGGUGUUGUGCGCGCGAUCGCCGGUGCUGCGCGUGUUGCUGCAUUCCAUGUCGGAGUCGGAGUCGGCGAGCGGGGUGGUGGAGUUGCGACCACCCGCUGAGCUGAGCCAUAUUCCCGUCGACGUGUUCCGAGAGUUCAUCGGCUACCUCUACCGCGACACUGUCGAGAAGGAUAAGCUCAAGCGGCUCGAGGAGAUGUGCAAGCGCCUCAAGUUCGGCUACGUCGUGGUCCGCGAGUCCACCUUUGCCCAGGACUUUGGCGUGUUGAUGGAGGAGCCCAUGCGGUAUUCGGACGUUUCGUUCCUGGUCGAGGGGGUCCCGAUCAAGGCCCACAAGGUGUUCCUGGCGGCCAGUUCGGAGUACUUCAAGGGCAUGUUCACCUCCGGCCUCAAAGAGGCCCAGCAAGACGAGAUCGAAUUGCCUCACGUCCGAGAACCCAUCUUCCGGGCCAUUCGAGAGUACUGCUACACGGGCGACGUGGAGGAGAUCACGGGCGACACCGCCGUCGACCUGCUCGGGGCCUCGUGCGCGUACACUCUGCCCCGGCUCAAGAUGAUCGUCGAGUCGCUGCUGGGCUACUCGCUCGACGUGGACAACGUGGCGUGCCUCUACCCCGUGGCGGUCAUGUACGAGGCGCAGGUGCUGGAGCGGGCCUGUGAGUUCUUCAUGGCCCAGUUCCUGGCGCAGGUGAAGGCCACCGAGGCCUGGGCCGAUCUGCCGCCCGAGCUCAAGGCCAAGGUCGAGGAGCAGACCAUCAAGUGGGGCCUGAACAAGAACAAGAAGUGGUGA